GGGAACAGAUUGAGAGCAGUCAAAAGGUCCCCAAGGACGGGAACCUCCUUUUAACUUUAUUACUUCACUAAUCAAACAAAGUAAGCAGUCACUUUACUUCCCUUCCCUGCCCAUUGCUGCGCUACGGCUGCUGCAUUGCCUCCCGCAUUUGUGUUUGCCUCGUUUCCAAUCCUCAGGAUUUCUCUUUGGAAGGAUUACUUUUAGAACACAAAAGCUCAGUUUUGAAAUGCUGUUUUAGGGUUUGGUAUUCAACUGCCAUUGUAAAUAUUAGCCACUUUAAUCUUGGGCUACUUUCAUUUCUUUUCUCUGCUGCAGCUUCCUUGGCUUAGUUUUGUUGUCGGAUCUAUGGAUACUGGAGUUUGUGCAACCAAAUGCCAAGACCUUUCUCCCAAGUUAAUUAAAAAAUCAGAUAAUGUUUGCAUAGAGGAAGCUAAUACGGAAGUUAUUGAUCCAUCUACAUCUAGUAGAGAAGGUAAUGAGGAAACUUCCCUUGGUCCUAUCACUCCUGAUGCCAACAGAGAAAUUGGGGAGUUCCCCUAUAAUUGUAACUCUCCGCCCACGGUGGUCAAGAAAUCACAGCAAAUUCCUCACUUUGAUCCUGAUGCCACCACAAACCAAGACUCAUUGGCUUCUGCGAACCACAGUAGUCCCAAAACCCCAAAGGAUGGUGUUUUCGACCCAUUUGCUCCUGGCCCAGAGGACAUGGUGUUGGCUCCCCUCUGUAGGAAAUAUAUUAACGAAAUGAGGACUAGUGUUGCACGCUGCCUAAAUUUCGAUUGUUCUGUCAGAAAUGUGGAUUCUGGAACUCGUGGAACUGAUGCAGAAUCUAUUUCAGAUGAAGAAAUGUUUGAGUCUGUUUAUGAAAAUCUCUUGGAAGCUAUUGUCUCAAACCAAGCUGAGGGUUUUCUUAAUGAAUUUUUAAAUAUAGGAUGGGAUUCUGAUGGUUGUAAGACGCCCCCUUCAGCUCCUUGCCUAAAUGGAGUUGCUGAAACUUGCCCUGGUGCUCCUAUUAAGCCCUCUGGGAAAUCAAGGAAUAUUGAUUUGGGAUUUUGCAGAAAGCUUGAAUUCUAACAGUAAUGACGAAGUUCAUCAUUGUAUACACUCAAUCACAUGGCAAUGGGAUCUGUUUUGCUUUCUGUGUCUCUACCCUAACUGCCAUGCCUCUAAUUAUAGCUUUUGCUCUUAGAGAUAUCUAUCUGACUGAAGUUCACAGAGUAGAAUUAAAUUGUAUAGCUGUUUUUUAUUUAAACUAUAUUUAUUCUUUU